AUGCCUUCUAAUAAAAGUAGUACUAAUAAUUUAAAAGACUUGCCGUUGAAAGUCAGAUUACAGAAGCUUGCAAAAGCUGACUUGGCAAGGCGUGAUGUCUUUGGAAGAACAAUCUUACAUAUAUUGGUUCUCACGGGACGAUAUGAUCUUCUUCGAGAUUUGCUCCGGAAUCUGGAGGCAAAGUCGAUAAUUACUCUUGUGGACUAUGAAAACGGGUGGAAUAUUCUUCAUUAUGUCUUCUUCCAUAAACGUGUAACUUGCUUCAAGGUCAUUUUGGAGUAUCUUAAAAGCGUCUCUCCCAACUCAUCGAUUGUUGUUGCGAAUAAUACUUUAAUUUACGAAUUGCUUAAAUCAAAAGAUAGAAAUAGGCUAACGCCUUUACAGCUUUUACAAAACGAUUUCAAGGACUUACUAUGGAUUCCAGAAUAUAUUAACGAGAAAAACGAAUAUCAUUUCAGUUAUAGAUUUCAAGGUAAUGGUAACGAACUGUUAGAAGAUGAGGCAACUCCGGAAGAAGCUGAAAAUACGGCAAAAGAAUUCAUCAAGCUAAAAAGAAAAUUUAUUAGAAACAUACCGAAUGACUGGUGGAACGCCAGUCGAGGAGGAAGUGAAAUCUAUAUGCUUGGGUCGAAUAAGAAUAAUAAUUUGGGUGUAGGUGAUUCUACAGAUAGAUCCAUCCCUUCUAAGAUCUCACAUGAGUAUUUCAAAUCAUUGAAAAAUGUCAUGGAAGGUUCAAUUCAUGAUACCUUGGUGACUCCUCGUUAUAGGAAAGUGAAAAUAUCCAAAUAUCACGCUGUAGUACUCACUCAAGGUGGUGAACUAUUCAGUUGUGGUAUUGGAUCACGAGGAAGACUAGGCCAUGGCUUUUCAGAUCUCAGAAACUAUUUUAGAUUCAGUCGAAUCGACUACUUCAUUGGUGAAGACUAUGAUGAUUUUAAAUUCAUUAAAGAUUUUGUGAUUUCAGACAAUCAUUCGAUGGCUAUAACAAUAAGCGGAUCACUUUACGUUUGGGGGUUCAACAACUGUUAUCAGCUAGGUUUCCAUUCAUCAUCCGCUUCCAGUGCAAAAACUUCAUCUACCAAAGAUACAUAUGAGUCCUUUGAAGCAACCCCACAGGAGAUUACAAGUGGUGAUUUAAGGUCUAAAGGACUUGCAAUAAAAGGUAUGGCCAUAUCCAACAUCCAUUCAAUGGUUUAUACUAAAAAUUCACUUUAUUACUGGGGCUUGGUUGUUGGUCAAGUAGGAAGUACGUUGAACUCUGCAGAUGCAUUUGAUUACAAAAUAAACGGUACUAAUUAUAAGGGUUAUCAUCAAAAACAACCCAAAGAAUUCCCUUUCAAUGAUGACAUCAAGCUUGUUGAAACAUGUGAAACGUGUACUGUGUUAGUUACUGAGAAAGAUAUAAUCCAUGUGUACUUGCAAUACCAACAUGGGAAACUUCCAAGGCUUCCGUCGAGAGGUAACGAAGGAUUCGAACGAUUCAAGCCAUCCAAGUUGACAAAAGCACCAAAAGUUAAAAAAGUUUCCAUGAAAUCCCAUGAAUUCGUUGCAAUCUUGUUUGAAAGUGGUGAUGUACUAAGCUUCAGUCUUGAUUCUACUAACCUAGGUGAGUUUUACAAAUCUUGUAAAACAACCAGGUAUAAUUCUGUAUGGAAAGCAUACGACACAGAAAUGUGUGCUACUGAUAUUGAUGUUUCUUAUGAUGGAUCUGUUAUAAUAUGUACCAGGAACGGAUCUGUUUUUAUAAAAUAUGCCCAACCAGGCGGGAAACUGAGAAGAAAAUCAAUGAAUGAGUCUACCUUGGCUAUACCAGCUACAAUUAAUAAGUUCAAAAAGAUUGACAAUUUAAAUCAUAUUGUCAGGGUAAGCUGUGAUAACAGUUUUAGUUCCUUCAAUUUCAUAAAGGAUGACAUCGACUUAAUUCCUCUCAAAUUACAAAAGAACGAUUUCAAUACAGAUAUGGAAUAUUUGAGUGAACUAAAAGACACUGAUCUAUACCGAAAACAAGACCAGUUAUUGGAUGUUGAUCAUGAUAUUAACUCAUAUAUAUGUGAUUUUCUCUACCCUCUCAAGAAUCAAAAUUCUUCCAUUAAUGAACUUCAAAAUUUCUCGUUUGUCUCACCAGAAGAUGAAGAAGAUGGUGAGCUUGAGUCAGGUAUAAGCAAGGAUUCGAAAACAAUAACUGAUUCGUUGCAUACUCGUUAUUCUGUAAGACAUGCAAGUAAUAAAACUAGAAGAAUCAAAACCAAAGAUACUUUCGAACAUUUUGAUGAGAAUCAUAUUAGAGAGCUUAAGGAAUUAUUAAAAUCCGACGAAAGCUUUAUAAUUGCCAGAUUUGAUUCUUCACUCAUUUCUUCUGAUAAAAGUUAUGAUAUCUAUAUAAGGUUUGAAUCUUAUCCUUCUGUUGCAAUUGGUAUACAUAAAGAAUUAUUUUGCAAAAGGUCAUCAUUUUGCAAAACCAUAUUUAAUCCUGUGAAUCCAGGCGAAUACUUCAUAGAUGAAGGAAUAGAAGGAUUGUUUAACCCAGAUAAUUCAGAGCUUUUGUUCAAGUCUAAUAUCAAUUUGAAAUCUGUGUUGAUAUUAACCCAUUUCAUAUAUACUAAUAGGGUUUUGGAUAUAUGGGAUGAUUACCCAAGUAGAUAUUCUUGCCCGGACGAAAUCAAACAAGUAAAGAAAGAUUUCGAUAUAUUGGUUAGUAUUUUUCGUCUUUCUGACUCUUUUGGGAAGUUUAGUAAUGAUAAUGUCUUCAGAUAUAAGGUUGGAUCACUUUUAGAUGAUGAGUCAAAUGGCGGUGAUGUCUUGGUGACACUAAAAGACGGUCAGAUCUAUUGCCAUUCUAAUAUUCUAAUUGCAAGGUCUGCCUUUUUCGAGACUAUUUUGUCAAACAGGUGGGAUACUACUGAAGCUGAAAUAGAGGAUGAAGGAGACAAAUGCCUCAACUUUAAUAAUUUAACAAUUUUCCAAUUUGAAUUUAUUUUAAGACAUCUUUACGGGUUCGAUAAUAUCCACUUAUUCGACUAUUUUCUGAGUGUGAUUGAAAAACUCUCGGAUACAGAUGAAUUCAUCAAUCAUUUAUUAGAAAUAAUCGAAAUCACAGAUGAGUUGUUGUUAUUUCAAUUGAAAAACUUAUGCCAGCUCGUGCUAAAGGACCUAAUUAAUAAUGACAAUGUCAUGAUUUUAUUGGUGCACGCUGACUAUUUGUCAGCACCCAAGUUAUUCAUGAACUGUUGUUGGUUUAUUUAUAAUAACUUGGAUCAGGUUCUUUUUGAUUCAACUUUUAAUAGUCUUGAGUUUGAUACUUUGGCAAAAUUGGAAAAACAAUUAAAGCUUUUUCAAGACUGUAAAAAAAGUGAUUUCAUCACGGGAGAAAAGGGAGAAAUAAAUGAAAAGUAUACCAAUGACUGGUUCUCUAAUAAGUCGAAUUUAAUUAUUGAAGAUUUCAUUAGUGAUUUAAGUAGCUUCAAUGAAAAUUUCAUGAGUGACGCAAAAGGAUUUUGUUCAUUUGAACCAUUGGUUGAUUUGAAGUAUGACUUAAAAGUUAUUUCGAAUGACUAUAGUAAAAGAAGGGCAGGUCGUAAAUCAUCGUCAGCAGGUUCCAGAUCGAACUCAAAUGUCACUACUAAUGAUCUUGCUGAUUUCAGAAGAGCCACUAAUCAAGUUUAUGGAUAUCAAAGCAGUACCUCUGUUGUGUCUCAGGAUUCUAAUGAUAUAGCUGUUGAAGAUAAUGCUGAUGAUUUUGAAGUUGUUGGGAAAAGAAAUAAAACCAAACCAAACAGUAUUUCACCAUCAUCAUCUGGAAUGCCCUCCAGAACAGGUUCAAAUACCGAUCUUAAUGAAAGUAUUAAGUCGCCGCCAAUACUUAGAAAACCAUCACUUACUGCGAUUAAUAAUGCAAUAGAUGCAACCAGAACAUCAGGCCCCCGUUCUACGCCUGCUAUCAAUAGGAAACCUAGUAACAGUUCAUCAAACGGAUUAAGCCCACAUUCCAAUUGGGCCAGUAAAUCAAAUGGACAAUCAAUACUAGGUGAAAAAACUCCAAUUUUGGGUAGCCAUCGUAAACCUUCAGUGGAGAAUACUGGCAGUUUCAUUCAACCUAAGCCAUCGAAGAUUAAAAUUGGGCCCGCUAUCAAAUUAUCACAAAGAGAACGUAAGAAAUUGGCAAUGCAAGAAAGUACGAAUGAAGAACCUAGUAGCAGAACAGAGCCUGAAGGAAGUGGAAACGCUUGGGGUGUGGCCGCAUCCAGUACAGGUAAUUCAUCUAUAAUUAACGACCUACCUCCGCUAGGAGCAUCGAAUUCAAAGCCAGACACUGCAAAUAAUGGUAAGACAUAUCAAAAAUCCAAACCUAAGAAUGACAUUGUUCCCCAACUGACAGCCUCAUCGAUAGACAGUAAUGCAUUUACGUCACCAAUCAACAAAGUUUACGCAACCCCAUCAUUAACAGAGAUAAUGCUUCACGAGUCCUUAAAAAUUGAGGAAGAACAAAGAAAGGAAAAUGAACGUCAAUCAUUACAAGAGGUUCAACAAGAGCAAGAGUUUGCUAGAUGGUGGGAAGAAGAAGCUGCCAAAGUUCAAAAACAAAUGAAUGCAUUCACAUUGAAUGACACAGAAAAACCCAAAAAAAGUAAGAAAAGGAAUUCGAGUACUGAUGGAGUUAAACCAAAGGUGAACAAUAAACAGAACUCUAAACAAAAUGGGAAUCGUUCAAAAUCAGGACAUAAAACCAAUGAACAAUCGACUAAUAGGCGGAAUCUGAAAAACAGUUCCAACUCUACCAAUUAA